AUGGCCGCCUCCACCCUGUCCGUCUGCUCCAGCGACCUGAGCUACGGCGGCCGCGCCUGCCUGCCCGGCUCCGGCGACUCCUGCCCCGACCCCUCCUGGCAUGUGGACGACUGUCCCGAGAGCUACUGCGAGCCCCCCUGCUGCGCCCCGGCCUCCUGCCUGACCCUCCUCUGCACCCCUGCGAGCUGCGGGUCCAGCCCCUGCCCACCAGCCUGCCCCGGCUCCUGCCAGCCCUCGUGCGGCAGCUGCUCCCCCUGCCAGGAGGGCUGCGGUGUGUCUGUCUGCUGCAAGCCCGUGUGCUGCACCCCCGUCUGCUGCAAGCCCGUCUGCUGCACCCCCGUCUGCUACAAGCCCGUCUGCUGCACCCCUGUCUGCUGCAAGCCCGUCUGCUGUGAGGCAUCCCCUUGCUCAGCCUCCCCCUGCUGCCAGCAGUCUAGCUGCCAGCCCUCCUGCUGCAGCUCCUCCCCGUGCCAGGAAGACAGCUGUGUGUCUGUCUGCUGCAAGCCCGUCUGCUGCACCCCCGUCUGCUGCAAGCCCGUGUGCUGCACCCCCGUCUGCUGCACCCCUGUCUGCUGCAAGCCUGUCUGCUGUGAGGCUUCCCCCUGCUGUCAGCAGUCUAGCUGCCAGCCCUCUUGCUGCAGCUCCUCCCCCUGCCAGGAAGACAGCUGUGUGUCUGUCUGCUGCAAGCCCGUGUGCUGCACCCCUGUCUGCUGCACCCCUGUCUGCUGCAAGCCCGUGUGCUGUGAGGCAUCCCCUUGCUCAGCCUCCCCCUGCUGCCAGCAGUCUAGCUGCCAGCCCUCCUGCUGCAGCUCCUCCCCCUGCCAGGAAGACAGCUGUGGGUCUGUCUGCUGCAAGCCCGUGUGCUGCACCCCUGUCUGCUGCAAGCCCGUGUGCUGCACCCCCAUCUGCUGCACCCCUGUCUGCUGCAAGCCUGUCUGCUGCCAGGCCUCCCCCUGCUGCCAGCCCAGCCCCUGCAGACCCUCCUCCUGCGUGUCCCUCCUCUGCCGCCCCGUGUGCAGGCCCGCCUGCUGCGCCUCCCCCUCCCCCUGCCAGUCCAGCUGCCGCCCCCAGGCCUCCAGUGUGUCCCUGCUGUGCCGCCCCGUGUGCUCCCGCCAGGCCUGCCGCCGCCCCGCCUGCAGCUGA